ACUGCUUCGUCCUCCGGGCUCCCAGCAGAGCGGUGCCUCCAGCCCUAGUGGUGCCCCAGGCGGCUGCUCGUUCUGCCUAUGGCUAAGGGCGGCCCCGCCACUAAGGCGGAUCCACUGCAGAGUCCGGAGCAGGGACGGGGAGCCAGGGCCAGGACCUCCACCCUGGCUCGGCUUCGCUGCUGCUGGAUCAGACCCAGUCAGACCAAGAGGAGCCAACCCUAGCCCAGCGCCUGUAACAGCAUCUGUAGCCUGAGUGUCGCUGAGAGACGAUGGGGCCAGUACCUGGGGCUGCUGAGAGCAAAGAGCCGCUGCAGGAGAGUGAUAAUAGUGAUGGACACCUGGAGACUGUUGGGGAGGCAGAACCUCGUCGUAACUGCAGGAAAUGUAACUACUACAAGAAACAUACAGUUGUGCUCACAGUCGCCCUCGCAGCCGCUGUGUUCUUAGGUCUCAUCAUGGCUGUUAGUGUCCUGGCAGGGCCGAGACCCUCAGCUGAUCUGGGCCCUCCUGUUGGCCCCACAUGCCCAGACGGCUGGAUCGGGUACCGAGGGAAAUGCUACUAUUUCUCCGAGGCCGAAGGGAACUGGACCUACAGCCAAAGCCACUGCUCUUCCCUCAGCGCCUCCCUGGCUGGGAUCGACAAUGAGCAGGACCUGGCUUUCCUGCUGCGCUAUAAAGGCAAACCCGACCACUGGAUCGGCCUCUGGAGGGACCCGGGGCAGCCCUGGAAAUGGGCCAACGAAUUCAACAGCUUGUUUCCGAUAGGACGAGGAGGUGACUGCGCAUAUCUGAAUGACAAGUACAAGGUCAGCAGCUCUCAGUGCACCAGUGAGAGGUACUGGAUCUGCACCAAACCCGAUGCGUUUACACAGGCAAAGGAGGCUGCUGCAGAAGGGGACUCAUAAGAAGAGUAUUGUAGAAUUAGUCCCAGAAAAGCCGGACUGAUCUUUUACAAUAUCACAUCUGAGCAAUUCCGGAACAUCAGGGAAUGCUCUGCGCAUCACUGGGCAGAGCAUUAUUGAUUCAGGUGAAAACCAGAGAUGCUAUUUGCACAUCUUGUUCCCCCACCCCUGCCACCUGUUUUUCCUGCCAGUGGAACCCCUGUUACACUCCUCGUAGGAUACCUAGGGCCUGGUAUGUAGGAGAAAGAGGAAAAAUGUCUGGUCACUCCCUUCCUGGAGCCAAGUGGGUUGGAAAAGGGCAGGGAGUGAGUAGGUGUGACAUUGGCAGACCAGGUACCAGCUCAUGCCAAAGUCCCCAUGUCUCAAUAGGACCCUGAGAAAUACUGAGCCGGGGUCAGGCUGGCUCACCUGUGUGUUAAAAUAGGCACUAGAAUUAUAAGAAUAUGUCUAGCCUUUAGUGAAUGCGUGUGAGCUGCUGCAGCAUUUAUCUAACUUCUUCUGACAUCCGUAUCCCACAUUGUAAGGUGAUAUUGGAGCGUUUGUAUCAGGAGCCUCUGUGACUGUGUAAAUCACCACACAGGAGAGUGAAUUAAGGCCUUAAGGGGUGUGAAGUACUGAUCUCCAGCAGCUCAGAGCACAAUGGAAGAGGUGGGAUACAAGAAGGAACUGAAUCUAUCUCGUUGCUGCUUGGAUGCUGGGGCAAGGUUUUCUAGGCGUAAGCAAGAGCUCCCCAGCUGCUUAGCCUAGGUUAGCCCUAAAUGACAGUGUUUAUUAUGGACCAGUGAUACAUAGACUGCAGCUUAUGAGCUGCAUGUGACUCUUUAAUGCAUCUCCUGCCACUCCUUGUAGCACAUAUUAAAUCAUUGUUUUAAUUAUUAACCAAUCAGGAUGCUUUUACUGUGUUAUUAGCCACUAAGUUAUUUGCUGCGAGAAUUUAUAUAAAAACUAAAUAUUCCCCUUGCCCUUCUGUUUAAAUAGGAGUAGUACUGGAGUAAAUGAAACCAUGAAUUUACAUGACUGACUCUUUUGGGUAAUGUUGAUUGCUAAUUUCGCUCCUGAACCGCUGAGCUGCGAGUAUCCCUGCUAUAGAUGCUUCUGUUACCUUUUGAAAUUUAAGAUUGUAGCUUAGUUGUGUAGAUAUGUUCACCUGCUUUAGCCUCGUAAAUAACUUAUUUCCUUCUUAAUAAAUUGUCAUAUAAUAAGACUGGCAA